UCCUUCAAAUUCUCUGACAAAUGCACACAUAUAAAUAUACAUGCAUUGUCUCAAGAAUUUUAUAUCUGCAACUUCCUGAGUAAAUAAUCCAUAAGAUCUCUCAACAGUUUUGUUUGUUCACUUCAUCUCAUUAGACUUGAGGUGGAGUUGGUGAAUGUCAGAUAUUUAAGAGGGUGAUUGCAAUGGAAGCAUCAGGAGCAAUGGCAGGGGAGGACUUAAUGAGGUCGAUGAGCAGGCGAGCCAGUUUUGCUGCCUCGGCUAGCAAGAGAGGCUGGGGAGCCUCAAGUAUUCGCGAAGCGUUUACUGCAGCUGGAGGUGAUGUGUUUCAAAAGAGUGGGAGACAGGAAGAUGAGGAUGACCUCAAAUGGGCUGCUAUCGAAAGGCUUCCAACUUAUGAUCGGCUAAGAAAAGGAUUCUUGCAGCAAGUUUUGGAAAAUGGCAGGGUUGUUCAUGCUGAGAUUGAUCUUACUCAUCUUGGAGCUGAGGAUAAGAAGCAUCUCAUGGAGAAUGUCCAACGCGUUAUUGAUGAUGAUAAUGAGAGGCUCUUACAUAGACUCAGAGAUCGGAUUGAUAGAGUGGGGAUAGAAGUUCCGAAAAUUGAAAUCCGGUUUGAGCAGUUGUCUGUUGAAGGGGAUGCAUUUGUUGGAAGUAGGGCACUUCCAACUCUGCUCAAUUCUACCAUCAAUUCAAUAGAGGCCACUCUUGGAUUCUUGAGGCUUUUCCCGAGUAAGAAAAGGGUUGUCAAUAUUCUUCAUGAAGUAUCUGGAAUUGUAAAACCAUCUAGGAUGACGCUUCUUCUAGGGCCUCCAGGCUCCGGAAAAACCACAUUGCUGAAGGCAAUUGCUGGAAAGCUGGACUUAGAUUUGAGGGAAACAGGAAAAAUAACAUAUUGUGGCCAUGACAUGAGGGAGUUUGUUCCUCAGAGGACUUGUGCUUACAUAAGUCAACAUGAUCUUCACCAUGGUGAGAUGACAGUGAGAGAGACCAUGGAUUUUUCGGGGCGUUGCUUGGGAGUUGGAACACGAUAUGAAAUGCUUGCUGAGUUAUCUAGAAGAGAAAAAGUUGAAGGAAUUAAACCGGAUCCAGAAAUAGAUGCAUUCAUGAAAGCCAUUUCAAUAUCAGGCCAAGAGACUAGUUUAGUCACUGACUAUGUUCUCAAGAUACUUGGACUAGAUAUCUGUUCAAACACAAUGGUUGGCGAUGAAAUGAGAAGGGGUAUCUCUGGUGGGCAAAAAAAACGUGUCACGACAGGAGAAAUGCUGGUUGGUCCAGCAAAAGUGUUUCUAAUGGAUGAAAUUUCAACUGGUCUAGACAGUUCUACAACUUUUCAGAUUGUCCAAUAUAUGAAACAAAUGGUUAAUAUCAUGGAUGUUACAAUGAUAAUCUCUCUUCUACAACCUGCACCAGAAACAUUUGAUUUGUUUGAUGAUAUCAUUCUGCUUUCUGAAGGGCAAGUUGUUUAUCAAGGUCCUCGCGAGUGUGUUCUCGAGUUCUUUGAGUACAUGGGAUUUAAGUGCCCAGAUAGGAAAGGAGUCGCAGACUUUUUACAAGAAGUUACUUCCUUGAAGGAACAAGAGCAAUAUUGGUUCAGGAAAGAUGAACCCUAUCGUUAUGUUUCAGUCUGUGAGUUUGUGCAUCGAUUUAACUCCUUUCAUGUUGGCCGUAAGAUAUCUGCUGUGCUUAGUUCUCCAUAUGACAGAAGCAGAGCUCAUCCAGCUGCAUUAGUCAAUGAUAAAUAUGGUAUUUCAAACAAGGAACUUUUUAAAGCAUGUUUGUCAAGGGAGUGGUUAUUGAUGAAGCGUAACUCUUUCGUGUACAUCUUUAAGACUACACAGAUUACAAUCAUGGCAUUGUUUACAUUCACAGUGUUCUUUAGAACUGAGAUGAAGUAUGGCGAAAUAGAUGAUGGUGGCAAAUUCUAUGGUGCAUUGUUUUUUAGUCUGAUUAAUGUGAUGUUCAAUGGGAUGGCUGAGCUUGCACUGACUAUGUUCAGACUCCCCGUGUUUUUUAAACAAAGGGAUGCCUUGUUUUACCCUGCUUGGGCUUUUGCUCUACCAAUUUGGCUCCUGCGACUUCCACUCUCAGUAAUGGAAUCUGGAAUCUGGAUUCUGUUAACUUAUUAUACUGUUGGAUUUGCCCCUUCUGCUAGUAGGUUUUUCCGCCAAUUUCUGGCUUUCUUGGGUAUACAUCAGAUGGCUUUAGGUCUUUUUCGUUUCAUAGCAGCACUCGGAAGAACACAAGUGGUUGCAAAUACUCUUGGUACCUUUACGCUGCUGUUGGUUUUUGUACUCGGUGGAUUUAUAAUUGCCAAAGAUGACCUUCAACCAUGGAUGAAGUGGGCUUAUUAUCUGUCCCCGAUGUCUUAUGGACAGAAUGCUAUAGUCAUCAACGAAUUUCUUGAUCCAAGAUGGAAUACAUAUAUCAGCGAUUCAAUGUAUCCUGAUCACACAGCUGGGAAAGUUCUUCUAGAGGCAAGGGGGAUGUUUGUGGAAGACCAUUGGUACUGGCUUUGUGUCAUAGCCCUAUUCGCAUUUUCUCUGUUCUUCAAUAUAUGCUUUGUCGCAGCACUAACGUUCCUGAAUCCUCUCACAGAGACAAAAUCAGUAGCGAGUGAGGAUUGCGAUGAGGCUGACAAGAAGAAAAGACCAUCAUCCGAAGAAACUGAUAUGGCAGAAAUGAACUCAAACACGGAGAAUAAUGUCGUUGACAGGAAAGGGAUGGUACUGCCAUUCGAGCCACUGUCACUUGCAUUUGACCACAUGAACUACUAUGUUGAUAUGCCUGCUGAAAUGAAGAGCCAAGGAAUAGAGGAAGAUCGUCUACAACUGUUACGAAACGUCUCUGGUGCUUUCAGGCCAGGUGUUCUAACAGCAUUAGUUGGUGUGAGCGGUGCUGGAAAGACCACAUUGAUGGAUGUGCUAGCUGGAAGAAAAACCGGUGGUUAUAUCGAGGGAAGCAUUAGCAUUUCUGGUUAUCCGAAGAAUCAAGAAACAUUUGCUCGAGUCAGUGGCUAUUGUGAACAAAAUGAUAUCCAUUCGCCACAUGUAACUGUCUAUGAAUCUCUUGUGUACUCUGCCUGGUUACGUCUUGCUGCAGACGUGGAUGAAGAGAAACGAAAGAUGUUUGUGGAGGAGGUGAUGGAUCUGGUUGAGUUAAACUCGUUGCGAAAUGCUCUAGUAGGCCUUCCAGGAGUAGAUGGUCUAUCAACCGAACAGAGAAAAAGGCUGACAAUAGCUGUGGAGUUGGUUGCUAAUCCAUCCAUUAUCUUCAUGGAUGAGCCCACAUCAGGUCUUGAUGCUAGAGCAGCUGCAAUUGUGAUGCGAGCGGUUAGAAACACUGUUGAUACAGGACGGACAGUUGUCUGCACAAUUCAUCAACCAAGCAUAGAUAUUUUUGAAGCCUUUGAUGAGCUUUUCUUGAUGAAGAGAGGUGGACAAGUGAUUUACGCUGGACCACUUGGGCAUUACUCCCAAGUUCUAGUAGAUUAUUUUGAAUCUAUUCCUGGAGUUACAAAGAUCAAAGAUGGUUACAAUCCUGCUACUUGGAUGCUGGAGGUCAGCUCUUCCGCAAUCGAAGCUCAACUUGAUGUCGAUUUUGCUGAAAUAUUUACAAAUUCUGACCAGUACAGGAGCAAUCAAGAACUUAUAAAGGAUCUGAGCACUCCAAAAUCAGGUUCCAAGGACCUUUACUUUCCCACACAAUACUCCCAGCCAUUUAUCACUCAAUUCAAGGCUUGCUUCUGGAAACAACAUUGGUCCUACUGGAGAAAUCCACAGUACAACGCUAUUCGGUUUUUCAUGACAGCAGUUAUUGGCCUUAUCUUCGGAAUCAUUUUCUGGAAAAAAGGAGAUAAAAUGCAUAAACAACAAGAUUUGUCCAAUCUUAUGGGAGCCAUGUAUGCCGCUGUUCUGUUUCUUGGAGGAACAAACACUUCUGCAGUACAGUCAGUUGUAGCAAUUGAAAGAACUGUCUUCUAUCGCGAAAGAGCAGCUGGGAUGUAUUCGCCAUUGCCCUAUGCAUUUGCUCAGGUUUCUGUAGAGACCAUCUACGUUGGAAUUCAAACAUUCCUAUAUAGUCUUAUCCUUUACUCAAUGAUCGGGUUCCACUGGGAAAUCACAAAAUUUCUAUGGUUCUACUACUUUGUCUUCAUGUGCUUUGUCUACUUCACAUUGUAUGGAAUGAUGCUCGUAGCCCUCACUCCAAGCUAUCAGAUUGCUGCUAUUGUCAUGUCGUUUUUCCUCAGCUUCUGGAACUUAUUCUCCGGUUUUCUCAUUCCAAGGAUGCAAAUUCCGAUUUGGUGGAGGUGGUACUAUUGGGGAUCUCCGGUGGCCUGGACAAUCUACGGACUAGUGACAUCUCAGGUUGGUGACAAAAUGGACAUAGUGCAUGUACCGAACCACGGUGAAAUACCAGUGAAGGACUACCUCAAGGUUUUUCUUGGAUAUGAGCAUGAUUUUCUUGGAUACGUUGCUUUGGCUCAUAUUGGAUGGGUUCUGCUCUUCUUCGCAGUCUUCGUCUAUGGAAUUAAGGUCCUGAAUUUCCAGAGAAGAUGAGCUCUGGCAUUACAUUUUUUUCUCUUCUGAUAAUAAGCCUCGCAAAACUGAGAGUCACUUACUACUUGGGAAAAUAAAAAAGUGAUUGCAAGUUCUUGUGUGGUGUUGUAUAUUAGCAAUGAUUCAUCUUUCAUGUAGUAAUUCUUUACAUUCUACAUAGUAAAUAUACAUUUCUUUGUGUGUACAA